AUGGAUCCGACCCUACCUGGUCCGAAUCAUGUUUUAAACAUGCAUCGAAUGCCUAUAAAAAUAGAAUAUCCAUCAACUUCUGAAUACCUCUUGGUCGAUGAAUUUCGUCAGUCAUUGAGUGCAGCCAGUAAAAAAUCCAGAGGAAGACCUAAAAUAGAUUUUCAUCAAAAACCGAUAAAAUUAGAAAAAGAAAUAAAAUCUGGUAUUGUUAAAGUCGGAAGAAGAAGAGGAAGGCCGAGUAAAACGAAAGGUUAUAAUCCAGGGCAAUUGUCGUGUAAUGCUUGUCAUUUUAAGACUGAAGAUUUUUAUGAACUUGAAAUGCAUAUUAAAACACAUGCUGAUCAAAACAUGUACGAUUGUCCAUAUUGCGGUUCGACAUUUUCUCAAAAGGGCAACUUAAUGACUCAUAUAAGAACGCAUACAAAGGAGAAACCGUUUAAAUGCUUAAUUUGUGAUUUUGCUGCAUCACAGAAAGUUAAUUUGCAAGUUCACAUUCGUACUCAUACAAAAGAAAAACCAUUUAAGUGUUCAGUGUGUGAUUUUUCGACGGCGCAAAAGUGUAAUUUAAUUGCUCACAGAACGAGAAGGCAUUCCAAUGUGGAAAUUGUAAAAACAUUAGAUACUUAUGAAUGUCCUGUAGGAAAUCCUGAUAAUCAAUUAAAAUAUUAUCGAUGUGGCAUGUGUAUGUUUUCUUGUAGAUUAAAAAGAGAAAUGGUAGAUCACAUAAAAAUUCAACAUUCUUUCACUAAUUGCGAAUAUCAAACAAUUGAUGUAUUAAAAAAAAGUGAUUCGAUUAAAAAUAUUAUUCGCCAAAAUGUUUGA